AUGACAGCUUCCUCGACCGCGCGGGGAACUCUGGAUGCUGCAAGAAGACCAGCAGGCGCGACAUUUGCACAGAGAGGAGGUCCGACUCCCAUGAAUCCUGAUAUUGCAGCAAGGAUGAAGGCCUUCUCGCUAGCAAGACAAGGUCCCGCCACACCGCAGCCCAAUCGUGGGCCCAUUAGUCCUCCAGCUCAAUCACCUGGCCCUGCAGUUGGUGGCUUUCCUGCUGGCUUCAAGCUGCCUGCGAAUAUGAGUCGUCCGGCACCGCACCCAACCAUGUCAUCGCCAGCGAUCACUGGCAAUAAUACGUCAGGGCAGCCGAUGUCCAUGGCAGAAAGGCGCGGCAUGAAGCUUCCAGGAGGUCUACCUGGCGCAAAUCCUGUGGCGAGCCCAGCAGCCCCGACUGGAGGCAGACAGAAGCCUAAGAUGACUCUGUCGCAGAUGGGAGGUGGACCUGCUAGUGGAGACGCCAACGGUCAAGAGCCGAAGAAGCAGGAGACUGCCAUGGAUAAAUACGCCGACUUGAUCGACACAAAGACCGGCGCGCUGAAGUUCAAAGGCAAAGCAGUUGUUCACGGCGAAGGCAUUGACUUCUCGUCAGGUAAAAGCUUCAGCAUAAGUUUGAACGAGGUGGACACAUUGGAUGAGCUCGGUAAAGGAAACUACGGCACGGUGUACAAAGUACGACAUUCAAGACCGAAGUUUCGAAAGGUAGGUCAAGGCUUGGCUGGCAACAAGUCCAAGUCCGAAGCAGAUGAAGAGCCCAAUUCUCCGACGAGAGCGGCUGUUGAGACGCCCACCAACGCCACGGCUGCCCAGGCGUAUGGGCGAGGAGGCACCACUGGAAUCGUGAUGGCCAUGAAGGAAAUGCGACUGGAGCUGGAUGACGCCAAGUUUCAGUCUAUCAUCAUGGAACUCGACAUCCUUCACCGAUGUAUAUCACCCUACAUUGUCGACUUCUACGGCGCCUUUUUCCAGGAGGGCGCAGUAUACAUCUGCAUGGAAUUCAUGGACGGAGGCAGUAUCGAUAAAAUAUAUGGCGAUGGCAUACCUGAGGGUGUGCUGCGCAAGAUCACAUACUCCACUGUGCUUGGCUUGAAGUCGUUGAAGGAGGAACACAAUAUCAUUCAUCGAGAUGUAAAGCCAACGAAUAUUCUCGUCAACACAAGGGGACAAAUCAAAAUCUGCGACUUUGGUGUCUCUGGAAAUCUGGUGGCCAGCAUAGCGAAGACCAAUAUUGGUUGUCAAUCAUACAUGGCGCCUGAACGAAUUUCGAGUGGUGGCACCGCCCAGGCCGGUGCAGCUGGUGUCGGAACCUACAGUGUGCAGUCAGAUAUCUGGUCCUUGGGCCUAACGAUCAUCGAAUGCGCCUUGGGUCGCUACCCAUAUCCACCAGAGACAUAUGACAACAUCUUCUCGCAAUUAGCGGCAAUUGUCGAUGGUGAUCCUCCUGAUUUGCCUGCGGACCAAUUCUCCGAGGCCGCCCGUGAUUUUGUCGCUGGUUGUCUAAACAAGAUUCCGAAGCUUCGACCUACGUAUCCUAUGCUGCUUCAGCAUGCCUGGCUCGCGGCUCUUGACAAGCCAGCAACAAUCGCCGAAGAGGAUGAAGAGGCUGCUGAGGCUGCUGAGGCUGCCGAAGCGAACGGCGAGUCACAGCCUGAGCCAUCGGCAGAAGCUUCUGCGGAGCCCGACGCGAACCCAGGACAAUUCAUCGAUAUGGAAGUCGGCGAGUGGGUCCUCAACGCCCUGGAAAGAAAACGAAACGGUACGAUGGGCAAAAGCGCCAAGCCCGCCCUGCACGCAGCACCUUUGGACGCU